ACAUAUCCCCAUAUCACCACCACCACCACCACGCUCAGCUCCCAUUUACAUAAUAAACUCACACCACUCCCCACCAUUACUCUCUCUCUCUAGAAAAAAUUCUCUCUCUUCAAACAUUCUUCCUCUGCACCUUUCGCUAUUUGAAGAAAUCUGAUUCGAUUUUUUUUGGAGUUAUUUUUCUUAUUGGAAGGUUUGGUUCAAUUCUUUAAUCUGUGCUGAAAAAGAGAUCAUCAUGCCGUGGGUAUCUUCGAAUUUUUUCGGGAAGUUUGUGCGAUUUGUCGUGUUCUUUCUCGUUAUUCUAUAAAUCAGUUUAUUUGAUUGAUUUUGUUUAGCUGUCGUUUCUGUGUUGAGUUGUAUACGGUUUAUACUUAAUUUUGGUGGGAAGAGUGAGAAUGCACAUUGCUUUUUUCCGAAUUAAAAUUCAGAAAGUGGUUAAAGAAUUAAGAAAAAUUAACAUGACCCUUGGAAGCAUUGCUUUUUACCAGUUGAUGCAAGUUCGCCAGGCCGAGUAUUUUCGUCAGUUGCUUAAACCAGUUACGUAGUCUUCUUGUCAGUCAACCUUUCCCCUCUGUUUUUGGUUAUUGAGUACCGAUGAAGUACUGAAAUAACACAAUACUCUUCUCACAUGAUGGAUAAUACACCCCAACCUUUCUGAACAACCUCUUUCUUUUAGCUAUCGAAAUCCGAAUUCAAACAGUUGCCUCUUUCAAAAAGCUGUAAUUUUUUCUAUUUUUUUUUUAUUUCCAACGAGCAUUCAUGCACAGUCACAGCCCUUACUUGUCUGACAAGCCAAUGCCCCCUCUUGGUGAUCAAACGGGCUAUAGUUACAUGCAAAAUGCUCCUAUUCCGUCUCUCGUCAACGGAUUUAUUCCACCUGGGAUUAAACCACUGUUGCCCUUGAGAAACCUCGAUAUUCACCCUUCUACUGCAUGUCCGAAAAAUUAUAUAAUAUUCGACCAAACCGAGAACAGAAGCCAAGUCAUGUUCCAUCCAGAUAUAAGCUCUAAAAUGUUUUAUCCUGGUCUCGAGAAAUCUAUUUUCCAAGAAAAUGUCUGCAAACAGGACGAAAAUGAAGAUGGGAAUAUUUCGUCUACAUUGAAAGAAGAUGAAAAUGACAUCGAUGCCCUUUUGAGCACAGAGUACGAAGAUGAUGAAGAAAACGGAGAAUCCGAAGAUGAGGUCAUGAGCACAGCACGAACGGUUGCUAAGUACGAAUAUGACUCGUCGGAUUCUUGCUCGAAUUACGAGAGUGUAUCUAGAAAGACCCGGAGAGUUUUCGGUGAGAAAUCUUCUGGAACCUUCCGGAAGAAGGGGGAGAGGGUGAGGAAAAUGGUGAAGGCGUUGAGGGGAAUAGUGCCAGGUGGUAAUCGGAUGAGUAAUGUUGAUGUUCUUGAUGAAGCUGUGAGGUACCUUAAGUCUCUUAGGGUUGAAGUGAAGAAGAUGGGACUUGAAAAAAUAAUCGAAAGGGUGAAAAAAUCGAACGAAUGAUUUUGCCAGAUCAGCUUCUGGAUUGUUUUUUGAUGUUUCUUGAUUUCUGCUUAUGUUGUCUUAAAAACUAUGAUUAUGCAUUAUGAAUUGUGAUGUUUCCUUCUGUACUAAGAAUGUAGAGUUAAGUAUCUGCUGGUGUUGCAGACAUAUAUAUUAUUAUUAUUAUGUUCAAUUAUGUUUGUAUUAAUGCAAUGUCUGUGAAACUCGUACCUGGUGAAUUAUUUGUUGCACUUUCAAACUGCUGUUCGGAAUUUAAUUAUCGAUCGCAUUAUUGUUAUCGGUCAAUGUUG